AUGGCUCGUCGUUCAUCUUCUCCACGUCGUAGUCGUAGUCCUCGUCGUUCUCGUCCACGCAGUCGCAGUUCGUCUCUAUCUAAACGACGUUCACGCUCUCGUUCUCGCUCUCGUUCACGUGAUCGUCGUGGUCGUUCUCGUUCCUAUGACGGUCGUCGAAAAGAUCGUCGAGAACGUGGUAGAGGAGGGUAUUUACCUCCUAGUACUACUUCAAGAAGUAGUACAAACACACGACGUCAUCGUUCCCGUUCCAUGGAUCGGACUACGACUACUUCUUCUUCUUCUGCUUCUCGUCGUGAACCUAUUAGUCUUCUUGUCCGGAAUCUCUCCCCCGAUACGACGCAAGAUGAAUUACGUCGUGCUUUCUCUCGUUCUCCUGGUGAUAUUCUGGAUGUUUAUAUUCCAAAGGAAUUUAAUUCCAAUCGACCACGAGGUUUUGCAUUCAUUGAGUUUGCAGAUUCACGAAUUGGACGUGAUGUGAAAUUUGAAAUGGAUCGAUCGAGUCUUGGAGGACGUGAAAUUGCAGUGCUUUUUGCGAAACAACAUCGGAAAAGUCCGCAUGAAAUGCGACGUAUUUUGAAUCUACCGCCAGAUGAAUCGCCAAAACGCUCGUCUAGACGACGUUCCAAGUCGAAUUCACGCUCAAGUUUUCAAAAGAGACGCAGUGCCAGUCUGGAAGACAAACAAGAAUCGACCUCGCCACGUGCUUCACUAUCACCACGUCGUGCUUCUCCUUCGCCAAAUCGCGAGGAACAAAGCACUGCUCGCAGUCCGUCAGCCGACGGCAAGGCCGGUGAUUCGAUGUCCGAGGUAUGUAAAGCACUUCAGCUGCUUACGACACUUGAAACGUUGCACAUGUACUGA